AUGCCUCCAGCGUUUCUCACACACCCGCAGACCCAACCCCGUAGCUUCUCCGGGAAGCCGGGACUAGCCAUCGUGCUCGGACCUCGGAAGAGAACCCCAAAGCCCACCUUCUUGCCGUCUCGUAGCAAUGACCAGGCCCGCUCUGCCCAUGCUCUGCGUCAGCCGGGGAGCCUUGAAAAAGCCUUCGAGGGCUUGUCCCAGCAGAAUCCCCAUGCCAUGCCCUCCCAGGAGAACUUCGCGACAGUUUUGGAGCUCUGCGCUUCCGAGAGAGCGCUGUCUCAGGGCCACCAAAUCCAUGGCCGAAUCUUGACCUCCGGUUUGCUUAGUUACAACGACUUUCUCGGUACCAAGCUUUUGUUCAUGUACGGAAAGUGUGGCUGCGUCUCCUCCGCGCGGCAGCUGUUCGAUGAGAUGCCCCACAGAAGUAUCUUCACGUGGAAUGCCCUCAUGGGCGCCUACUCCUCUUCUGAAGCGCAACAGCACGAGGCCCUGGAACUGUAUGAAGCGUUGCGAGCGGCGGGAGUCUCUCCCGACGCCUACACUCUCGUUUCCCUGAUGAAAUCCUGCGCAGCGGUGGGCGAUCUCCAGUGCGGAUCCGAGACGCACGGCCUUGCCAUCAAAUGCGGGCACGUCUCGUCGGCUUUUGUCGUGAAUUCGCUAGUGACCAUGUACGCAAAGUGCGGUCACUUUGAGCUGGCUAGGCGACUUUUUGAAUGGCUGCCUGAGAAGGAGGACGUCGUCUCAUGGAAUUCUGUAAUUUCGGCGUGUGUUCAGAACGAGCGGUGGACCGAAGCCUUGACAUUCUUCAGAGAAAUGCAGGAGGCCGGGGUUGAGGUGAACUCCUACACGGCCGUCGGCAUCCUCCAGGCCUGCGCGGAGCUCUUCCUCUUGAAGUUGGGUCGGGGGCUGCAUGCGUCCCUCUUGAAGUGCGGCCAGAAAGCUGAGAUCUUCGUGGCCAACGCCCUGGUCGUUAUGUACGCCAGAUGCGGCCAGAUGGAUCACUCAGUCCAGGUGUUUCAGGAGAUGGGCCAGAAGGACAAUGUCUCCUGGAACUCAGUGCUCUCAGGAUACAUGCAAAACAGGCAAUACGAUGAGGUCAUCCAUUUUUUCCUCAGAAUGAGGGACGCUGGCUGCAGACCGGACAAGGUCGCGGUCAUUAAUGCCGCUUCCUCUUUGGGUCAGCUGAGGAACUUAUCAAGAGGAAGAGAGAUCCAUGCAUACGCAGUGAGGCACGCGCUCCACGGCGACUUGCAGGUGGGGAACACGUUGAUUGACAUGUAUUCCAGGUGCUCCAGCGCAGAACAUGCAAGGCGGGUGUUCGACGCAAUGCCCGACAAGGAUCAUAUCUCCUGGACGGCAAUGAUUGUCGCCUAUGUCCAGAGUUUUCGAUAUUCCGAGGCUAUGGGUUCAUUCAAAAAUGCUCUGGCUGCAGGCACGAAGAUCGACGCCGUGAUGCUUGUUGCCGUCUUGAGGGCUUUCAGUGGCCACAGCUGCACAUCGCAGGUGAAAGAGAUCCACAGUUACGUCACCAGACAUGGGCUGUCGGACCUCUUCCUGGAGAACAUGCUCAUCGAUGCGUACGGCGAGUGUGGGGAGAGCGGCUACGCUGCGAGCGUUUUCGAGAGGGUGGAGAGCAAAGACGUCAUCUCGUGGACGAGCAUGAUCAAUGCAUUCGCUCACAACGGCCUCUUGCUGGAGGCCAUCAGCUUGCUCUACCACUUCAAAGGGUCUGGGCUGCAGAUCGAUGCUGCGGCGCUGGUCAGCGUGCUCGGAGCCGUCGCCGAGUUGUCCAUCCUGAGAAAGGGGAAGGAGAUCCACGGACUGGCAAUACGGAGGGGCUUCACUGCGGAUACAUCUCUAGUUAAUUCUCUGGUGGACAUGUACGCGCGUUGCGGUGAUGUCGAGGCCUGCCACAACCUGUUCGACCGGGUAGAGAGCAAGGACUUGGUCCUCUGGACCACCAUCAUCGACGCCAAUGGCAUGCAUGGGAGGGGUGCGGAGGCCAUGGCUCUGUUCGAGGAGAUGCAGAAGACGGGUACUCUUCCUGACCAUAUCUGCUUCCUGGCGCUUUUAUACGCUUGCAGCCACUCGGGGCUCCCGGAUGAAGGCAUGGAUUACCUGGAGAUGAUGCAGAAUGGCUACGAGCUUGUGCCGUGGCCCGAACACUAUGCCUGCGUGGUGGACAUGCUGAGCCGCUCCGGCAGGGUGGAUGAGGCGUACGAGUUCAUAGCGGGAAUGCCCGCCGCCCCGACCGCGCCAGUUUGGUGCGCCCUCAUUGGAGGAUGCCGAGUGUACUCCAACAGCGAAGUGGGCCGGGUCGCCGCCCAGAGGCUGCUCGAGCUCGAACCCCAGAACCCCGGAAACUACGUGCUGGCAUCCAAUGUCUUCGCCGCCGCGGGAAGGUGGGCUGAGGUCGAUGAGAUAAGGGGGAAGAUGAAGGCGAAGGGCUUGAAAAAGAUCCCGGCGUGUAGCUGGAUUGAGAUGGGGAACGUGGUACAUUCCUUCGUUGCGGGCGAUGAGGCCCACCCGGCGUCGGCGGUGAUCUACUCCGAGCUAGCCGAGAUCACGGGGGAGUUGGAGCAAAAGUUUGGGUACAAGCCCGACACCAGGUUUGUCCUGCACGACUUGGGGGACGACGAGAAGGCGGAGUUGUUGGGCCGCCACAGCGAGAGGCUCGCCAUCACGCUUGGCCUCAUUGGAACCUCCGGCGGGGGGGCGCCCAUUCGGGUCAAUAAGAACCUUCGGGUCUGCGGCGAUUGCCACGAGUUCACCAAGCUCGUCUCGAAGUUGUUCCAACGGGAAGUGAUUCUCAGGGAUGCCAACCGGUUCCAUCGUUUCAGGGAUGGCUCGUGCUCAUGCGGAGACUUUUGGUGA